UAUCACAUUUGCAAAAAUCAAUUUCGGGAAAUCCUUUGUAGCCUCUCAAUUUCCUUCUAUAUUUCCAGGAUAAAAUAAAACCCGGGAUCGUUGAGAAGAAAGGGAGAAACGCAAACGUGGGCUUGGCCGUGGGUUUUAGAAAUCAACAGACAACAGGAAGGAAGCGUAUUCGGCCCUCUCCUCUCCUCCCCUCCGCUUCCCCGGUGAGAAUCAGCUCCUCCCCCUCCUAGGCGUGCGACCUUGGUGCAACAUGCAAACAACGCCCGCUUACCACACCCAGUGCUCCUCUCCGGGAGGAGGAAGAGGGACCAGGGGAGGGCAGCCCGGAGCCCAGUCCAGCCAGUGUGUCAAUUCAAAGGGAGCGUCCCGGGGCCCCGGAUCCUGGCGCCGGUCGCGAACCACCCGAACCACUUUUAUCUGCCUCCCUGCCGAGUUUGCAGUCAGCAUCCCACUCCUAUUACCCAGAUCCUCCGUCCCACCCAACCCUGGCCGCUUAGCGUCCAGAGCCCCAGGGUGGCGUGCAGGUGGCGCAAGCACCCCUGCUCUCCGGCGUCCCCUUCUGGGGAGAGGGAAAGCGGCGGCCGCCUCGGAGAAGCAGAGCUCAGGGCAGGCAGAGCGAGCUUGGGCGCUGGGAAGAAGCUGGGAGCUACCCUGAUGGUGCCGCCGCCUCCUUCGAGCCGGGGAGGAGCGGUCAGGGGGCAGCUGGGCAGGAGCUUGGGUCCGCUGCUGUUGCUCCUGGCGCUGGGACACUCGUGGACCUACAGAGAGGAGCCAGAGGACGCCGACAGAGAAAUCUGCGCAGAAAACAAAAUCGAGACUACCAAAUACCCGUGCCUGAAGCCCUCUGGCGAGCUCACCACGUGUUUCAGGAAAAAGUGCUGCAAAGGGUAUAAGUUUGUUCUUGGACAGUGCAUCCCGGAAGAUUAUGAUGUCUGUGCUGAGGCUCCCUGUGAACAGCAGUGUACAGAUAACUUCGGCCGAGUGCUGUGUACUUGUUACCCAGGAUACCGAUAUGACCGGGAAAGACACCGGAAGCGAGAGAAGCCAUACUGCCUGGAUAUUGAUGAGUGUGCCACCAGCAACCAGACCCUGUGUGCACACAUCUGCACCAACACUGUGGGCAGCUACCGCUGUGAGUGCCGGGAAGGGUACAUCCUCACAGAGGACGGGAGGACAUGCACCAGGGGUGACAAGUACCCCAAUGACACUGGGCACGAGGAGAAGUCUGAAAACAUGGGGAAAGCUGGGACUUGCUGUGCCACAUGCAAGGAGUUCCACCAGAUGAAGCAGACGGUGCUGCAGCUGAAGCAGAAGAUUGCUUUGCUUCCCAACAAUGCUGCAGAACUGGGCAAGUACAUCACUGGCAACAAAGUGCUGGCCUCAAACACCUAUCUUCCAGGACCUCCUGGCCUACCUGGGGGCCAGGGUCCCCCUGGCUCACCAGGACCAAAGGGGAGCCCAGGCUUCCCUGGCAUGCCAGGUCCUCCUGGGCAGCCGGGCCCACGGGGCUCAAUGGGACCCAUGGGACCAUCUCCUGAUCUGUCCCACAUUAAGCAAGGCCGGAGGGGCCCCGUGGGUCCACCAGGCGCACCAGGAAGGGAUGGCUCUAAGGGGGAGAGAGGAGCACCUGGACCCAGAGGGUCUCCUGGACCACCAGGUUCUUUUGACUUCCUGCUCCUUAUCCUGGCUGACAUCCGCAAUGACAUUGCUGAGCUGCAGGAAAAGGUGUUUGGGCACCGGACUCACUCUUCAGCAGAGGAGUUUCCUUUACCUCACGAACUUUCCAGCUACCCAGAGACCAUGGACUUCAGCUCUGGAGAUGACUACCCGAGAAGAACUGAGGCAAGAGAACUGGAAGCUCCCAGUGACUUUCAGCCCUAGCACGUUCUGCACAUUCACACCGGCACAAGAGCAGAGCACCUUUGCCUACAGUUAAAGCAGCUGACGAAAAACUACUGCAGACAUCAAGACAUUUUCAUUUUCUUAAUUCCUUUCUUGCCUUCUCACUUCUCUUCUAAAUGAUCUUUCCAUACUGCCCUACUAAAUAUGGGAGGCAGGAAAUGACAAAUGUAUGCAAUGUUUGCAGAAAGACAGGACUUUUCUUUGACAUCUUGUUUUUCUUUAUUGUCCUAGUUUUUCAGGAGCUUCUGAAUUUUUGGACCUAGGUACUCUUGCCAUGUCUUAACAUUGGGCACAGUACCAAAAAAAGGGAAAGAUGGCAAGUUGAGCUCUAAGAAAGCUUGAGCCUAACUUUGGAAACAGGAGGGAAAAAUGGUGUCAGGUUCCAUAGCUGUCCCCAAAUUAAAGCUCUUCAAUUAAAAUGGAGUGAACAACAUAAAGAUUAAUCUUGAUGGAUAAUUCUUUUUCCUUGCCAAUCUAAUAGAUGUUACAUAUUCCAUUCUGUUAUGCAACCUUAUUUCCCAAAUUUAGCCAUAGGAAGGAGAAAAUUAAAGAGGAGAGAUUGGAAAGCUGGAAAACUACAGUUGUAUAUUUAUUGCCAUAUAGGUUGUCACAUUUUAAAAUUCUAAUAUGAUGAAGCUAAGGAUUCGUGCCAUGUUUAUCUUUAAGAAUCCUUUGUGGAAGAGAAAGUUCCUCCAGCUAUAGAGUAAAACUCUUUUCAAAGACAAUAAAAGAAUGAAAUUUUCUAAUUCAUAUAAGAACAGUGGACUCCUGGUUGCCAGGCUGUCUUAAAAGCUGUUUGAUCAAAAGCAUGGUCCUGCUCCAUAAAUCACAAGCUAUUUGUUAAAUAAGGUGGCUGACUCUUAGGGAGGAGCACAGAAUUCCCCGCUCUGACCAGGGGCCCAGAGGUGCCACUGGGUCGCAGUCCAGCCAAUCCAUGUACAGUGAACUGGAAAGAGGUGUUGGCAUGGGCCGCUGGCAGAGGAGCCGGGGCACCUGGGCAGGGACUGCUCUGAAACCAACUUAGCAGAGGCAGGUAAAUUUGCUUUUCUUAGGCAUUAGAAGUCUUUGUCUGGAGCCAGUGAACCUGCCAGCAUACUGGGAAUAAUACAUUGUUAAGAGUUCUCUUUUGUGAAGGAGGAAAAAUGGUCUUCCUUGCUUGGCAAAAAUUUUCCUUCCAAUACUUCAACUUUUCCUUAAUUCAGUUCAAAUUCCAAUUCUUUCCAGACUUGUCUUUGAUUUUUUCCCUCAAUAAUGUGGGA